AUGGCUGCACAACUAGAGGGAUUCAAUUCUGUUAUCAAGAAUCAACUGAGCUUUAAUAAAAUGAUAGAAACCCAAGUAGCUCAGCUUGCAUCUUCAUGUCCUAACGUUAACGUGGGGAAACUGCCCGGGCAACCGGAAGUACCCUCGAAAGAAAAUGUUAGUGCGGUGACCACGCGUGGUGGUAAGACCACGCAAGAGCCACCUUUCCAAAAGGAUACAGGAAAACAGCAGAAGACCGUAACCGCUAGCAGUACCAACGUUGAAGACGAAGAGCAGGAGGAGGCCGUUGACUCCAACACACCUGCUACCCAGGAAGACGCCGUGAAACCCCCGAGAACUUCACGGGAGUAUCACGACACAACUGCCUUACCAUUUCCGGAGCGGAUAAGGAAGCCAGUGGUCGAUGAACAAUUCGGCAUGUUCGUCGAGGUAAUCAAGAAGUUAUAUGUGAAUAUGCCACUUCUUGACGCUAGGCAGGUACCCACGUAUGCCAAGUAUAUCAAGGAUAUUCUUGGAAACAAGCGGACGCUGCCCACCAUUGAGCUAGCGGACCAAACGGUCCACUAUCCCGCGGGAAUAGCAGAGAAUAUCCCGGUGAAAAUCCGGAAUUUCUUUAUUCCCGUCGACUUCGUCGUGCUCGACAUGGAAGUCGACGCCAAGACGCCGCUCAUCUUGGGCAGGCCGUUCUUGAGCACAGCAAACGCCCAUAUUGAUGUCGGGGCCGGAGAGAUCUAG